CGCUCAAUCCACUGAGCCGCACCAGCCAGGGCCAGACUUUUUCCUAACUCAGUGAUUUUCAAGCUGUGCUCCAAUGAAGAGUUUCUGGGUCUUCUCAAGUCAGAUCCAGUCCCUGUGGGGACCUUCUAAACAUCCCUUAUUAGUGGGAACGCUAUUUUCUACAGAAUGAAUUCAGCAUCUGCAUUUAAACCAGCGUUCCCGUGACUCCCAAUUCCCCAGCUGCGGCUCAUGAAGCUUGCGAUCUGAGGCGUGCAGGGUCGCCUGCGAUGACAAUAUGACUAAUAGCAAGGGAAGAUCUGUUACUAAUCCAACGAGCGGUGGUCCGAGUAGCGGAGGAGGUUUUGGAGACUGGACUAGAAGCUUAGACACAGUGCAGUCCGAUACGUUUUUAAACUUUCUGCUGAGUAUGGUUCCAGUAAUUUACCAGAAGAGCCAGGACGACAGGCACAAGAAAGCGAACAGCAUUUGGCAGGAUGGGCUGUCGACGGCGGCGCAGACUUUCGGCGCGCGCUCCGAGCCGCACGUGGAGUAUCACAGCUUCUCGGAGCAGACCUUCCACGGCCACGGCCACGGCCACGGCGGGCGCCCGCCCACGGGCGGCAGCCAGACGUACGACGACUACGCCAACUACAACUACUGCGACGGCGAGGAGGCCUCAGAGACCUGUGCCAUGCUGCAGGCCGAGGAUGCGUCGAGUGAUGGGGAGGAAGACGUCCUGUUGGAAGCGAGCCCGAAGGUCCCGAAGGAGUCCAGCGGCGUGAUGGCGCUGCAGAUACUGGUGCCGUUUCUGCUCGCUGGCUUCGGAACCGUUUCCGCGGGCAUGGUGUUGGAUAUCGUCCAGCACUGGGAGGUGUUCAAAAAAGUAACAGAAGUUUUCAUUUUAGUCCCUGCGCUACUUGGUCUCAAAGGGAACUUGGAAAUGACAUUGGCAUCUAGACUGUCCACUGCGGUAAAUAUCGGGAAGAUGGAUUCACCCAUUGAAAAGUGGAAUCUAAUAAUUGGCAACUUGGCUUUAAAACAAGUUCAAGCAACUGUCGUGGGCUUUCUGGCGGCCGUGGCGGCCAUUAUUUUGGGCUGGAUCCCGGAGGGCAAGUACUACCUUGACCACUCCAUUCUUCUGUGCUCCAGCAGCGUGGCCACCGCCUUCAUCGCGUCGCUGCUGCAGGGAAUAAUAAUGGUUGGCGUUAUCGUUGGUUCAAAGAAGACGGGCAUCAACCCUGAUAAUGUUGCCACGCCCAUUGCUGCUAGUUUUGGUGACCUUAUAACACUUGCCAUAUUAGCUUGGAUAAGUCAGGGCUUGUACUCCUGUCUUGAGACCUAUUACUAUGUUUCUCCAUUAGUUGGCGUCUUUUUCUUGGCUCUCACUCCCAUCUGGAUUGUCGUAGCGGCCAAACAUCCAGCCACGAGGACCGUUCUGCACUCGGGCUGGGAGCCGGUCAUAACCGCCAUGGUUGUAAGUAGCAUUGGAGGCCUUAUUCUGGACACAACUGUAUCAGAUCCAAACUUGGCUGGGAUUGUUGUGUACACGCCAGUUAUUAAUGGUAUUGGUGGUAAUUUGGUGGCCAUUCAGGCCAGCAGGAUCUCUACCUACCUCCAUCUACACAGCAUCCCGGGAGAACUGCCUGAUGAGCCCAAAGGCUGUUACUGCCCGUUUCGAACGUUUUUUGGUCCAGGAGUAAAUAAUAAGUCUGCUCAAGUCCUCCUGCUUUUAGUGAUCCCCGGACAUUUAAUUUUCCUCUACACGAUCCAUCUGAUGAAGAGCGGCCACACGUCUCUGACUGUGAUCUUCGUGGUUGUGUACUUGUUUGCGGCUCUGUUACAGGUGUUCACCUUGCUGUGGAUUGCUGACUGGAUGGUCCAUCACUUCUGGAGGAAAGGAAAGGACCCGGAUAGUUUCUCCAUCCCCUACCUGACGGCGCUGGGCGAUCUGCUCGGGACAGCGCUGUUAGCCUUAAGUUUUCAUUUUCUCUGGCUCAUCGGAGAUCGCGAUGGCGAUGUUGGAGACUGAUGUAUCCUGCAGACCGUGCUCAAGUCACCAAGAAGGAAAACACGAGAGGACCACCAGUGGCUCUUUCUCAAAAAUCUUAAAUCAGUAGCUUGACUUCUGCCAGGGCCCGCUUUAGCUGGCCCUGAUUCAAUUACAUGGCCUUAACGUUUUUAAAAGGACUUUGUGUUGAAACCAGAAUGAACAGUAUUGAUGCUGCUUUUCAUAGAAUAAAUGGUAAUUUCACAUAGACAUAGAUAUAAGCUCAAGCUCUGAAAUUAAGUAAGUAGGAAAGAAUAUAGGAUGUUUACAAUGAAUAAUUUUAAAACCACAGACGUAGCAGAAAUGGACUUGAUUACUGUUUCACUGACAAUGCCAGUUUAGAGGAGAGUUCAAGUUUAGCCUUUCUCGUCUCACAGAUGUGUGGUACCACGAAGCAUCCCAUCAAAUGAAAGGGGCCCAACCACGCUUUUAAUAGUUUUAACUAUAUCCACCUCUACCAGCUGCGGAUAAAUUUGCCAAUUACUUGCUCCUAACGUGACCUAAAUAUGUUCUGCUGAGUGUAAGAUAAAUUCACUUUUACCUGCUGCUGUGGAUAGCCCUGUGCCAAUGCUAAUUUAAUUUCACCUUUGCGAGUUCUUGGCAGGCUGCCCUUGAAACACAGAAUGACCUUGAGCAAUUGUUAAUGAAAAUGGUGGGUUGUUUCUGAUCAUUGAUUUGUUGGAAGAAUGUCAAAACCAGAAGGUAACCCACACUGCAUCUGUAGAGACAAAAUGUGUGAAACAUUGUGUGCGGGACAGAGGCAGACACUUUCAGUAGAGAACUGAAUCUUGGCCUGUUGACAGAUAGCAAAGAUCAUAGUGCUAUUAGAAUAUUCGCAUUAUAUACGUAUUCUUAAACACAUUUUUUUUGAUAUACUUUUGUCAUUUGGUCCAAAAAUCUGGUUACUGCCCAGAAUUUAGUAUUUCUUACCUACAUUAUAAUAGUUUCCUUUCAUUAAAAACAACCAUAGCAUUUCAUUAGCACACGUGUUAGAAUGGGCAAGUGAUUCAUUUGCUCUAAAGAAGUCUGUUGAGACUUUUAGGCGUCCCAUCUUGUAAGAGAAGUUGGUUGGCCAGUCACGUCCGUACGCACCCUCUGUUUGCGCAGGCUUCGUUCUACGACCCUAUACACUGCUAUGUCUCAAAUAUUUUUCUAAAACUCUGAUCUAUAUUCCAAAUACUUGACCAACCUCCUUGUUAUUCAACAGGUAAGCAUUUUUAUAUAGUUCAUUUUUUAAAAAUUCAGUGGAAUCUCUUAAGACCAUCAGAUAUGUAAUAAUGUAAUCAAUAAGGGAAGAAAAAUGCACCUUAACUUCGGUCAUCAUGGCCGACGUUGUGAGUGUGUGUUGAUGUGGUAUAAACAGUGAGGUCGUUUAUACACACGCUGGGGGAAGUCUUCCUGGUGAACUCUCCACAAUAAGGGGACUGUGGUUUAGAGUUAUAUAUUUUUGCUUAUUUUAAAACUUUAAUUAUUCCAUUCUUCUGCCUUAUAAUGAAGCUUCUAAGGCAGAGAGCUGAAUGAAUGGUAGAAUUUCUCCUUUGGAGAAUUAUAAUGUCACAUAGUGAACAUUCUUAUAAAAGAAAGAAUGAUUAAGUUACACUGAUGAAUAUUUAUCUGCAAAGAUUUUUUUUAUUUAAAAAAUCCAUAAAUAAUUUAUUUUAUUUUAUUGUAAAGAAUUUGUAAAUUGCUCGUUUAUACUUGGGCUGUAUGAUUCAUAAGCAUUUCUAUUUCCCAAUGAUUUCUAUUUGAUUUUUAACAUAAAAUAGUGCACAGCAGACCACAUUUUUUUUCCUUGCAAACCACAUUUUCUCAAAGCGUUUAUCAACCGCUUUAGUCCAGUGUGUUACGUACUCUAAAACACAUUCAGAUACACGGUAUUAUUUAGUACGCACAACAGCACCUGUGAAAUAGGUCAGUAGAUAUUUCUUUCUCUACAUUACAGCAAAGGAAACAAACUCACAGAAGUUACAUUUUACAGGUUGCACAGCUGCAAAGUAGCCAAAUUGUGGCUAAAGACCCUGUCUCCAAUCUCCUAUGCGAGUCUCUUUCUGUGACCCUGCAGACGCACCAGGAGUACAUAACUCACUACGAGAGAGAGCAGCGGGAGAAACAGGAUUGCCUAAAGUAGAGCAUUGCCGCUGCUCGCAGAUUUCAGACAGGGAGGAACCCCAUUUACUAUAUCUUGAUGCUAAGUAUAGCCAACUGUGAAUUACUCAUGUUCAUAAGGCCCAGGAGAACACGGAUAAAGGAAUACGUUAGAAUAACGAACAAUGCCUUAUUUCCUAGAACAUUUCAUUGCCACCCCCCUUCCCAGAUCUGGCCAUUUUCUGUAGAUGCUGAAAAAUAACUAGGGUGAUUGAUUUGAGUUCUAUCUCCUUUCCAUUUUGCUACCCAGUUGUGGUUACAGCAACGAAAUGUCUAAAACUCAUGUAAUAGAAAAAAGAAAGACAUGGAAAAAUCGGUCAUUGAUUAACUGAGUUAAUUUUAUAAAAGGGAUGUAGCUUCCUCUCAAAAAUGUUUAUUGUUUUUUUGAAAACCUUUAUAUAAGUGUGCAAAUGAUAGAUGACUUCUUUUAUUUACCCACAAAACCCAUUUCUUAUCAGUCUUAAAUAAUGUAAAUUCACAGCAUUUAUUUUUAUACAAUAUAAAAACUCCUGCUUUCCAAACUUCUUCCUUCACUAACCUACCAGACACUUUACCCCACAGAUAAUUUUUCAAAAACAUAUUUUUCAUUCUUGGCCAUCAACCAUUUUUUUUCUUUAAAAAAAUAAAGCUUCUUAGAUCAUGAUAAAAUGGGAACUUAGAGUAAUGUGUCUGCUCGAAGACAUCCAAAAUUCCACAUCAUAGACCAUCAGUGAUGUAGCCAAAGGAAGUACAUUCUUAAAAGUCAGUAUUGGGGCUUUCUUAUUGUGGAUCUGUGGUGUGGUCUACCCAUUUAUAAUGGGCAUCUUUCAUCCUUGAACUGUUGUAAACGCAAAUGAGAAUAAAAUUGAAGCAAUGUUUA